GGCCGCCAGCGCCAGCUCGUCGACCCACAGCAUCAAUCUUGGACGUGCAGAAAGUCUAGCGCCCAACACCGGUGCUCUGCAUUCAACUGUGUCUGUUUACUGGAAGCUUUAUCACCAUCAUAAAAAUGCCCAAAGCCGAUAAGCCAAGAGAUGCGUCUCAUGCUCGAUCUGCGGGGCCACUAUUCAAUAAAGAGCUCGGUCAGCACAUUCUAAAGAACCCGCUUGUGGUUAAUGGUAUUGUUGAUAAGGCAAACAUCCGAUCCACCGACACGGUGCUGGAAAUCGGUCCAGGUACCGGUAAUGUGACAGUAAAGCUUCUGGAAAAGGCGAAGAAGGUUAUCGUUGUCGAAAUGGACCCUCGCCUGGCCGCAGAAUUGGCCAAGCGUGUCCAAGGAACGCCCUUGCAGAAAAAGCUUGAGAUUAUCGUCGGAGAUUUUCUGAAGGUCGAUCUACCAUAUUUUGACGUCUGUGUCAGUAAUACACCAUAUCAGAUUUCUGCGGCCCUAACUCUCAAGCUAUUGCACCAUCGCCCAAUGUGGAGAUGUGCUGUACUCAUGUUCCAGCGCGAGUUUGCCUUAACGCUUCUAGCAAAGCCAGGCGACAAUCUUUACAGUCGCUUGUCGGCCAAUGUUCAACUACUGUCAAAUGUUGACCACUUGAUGAAGGUUGGAAAGAAUAACUUCCGUCCGCCACCCAAAGUCGAGUCAAGCGUUGUUCGAAUCGAACUGCGCCAGCCUCCGCCACCCAUUGACUUCAACGAAUGGGAUGGGCUUUUGAGAAUAUUGUUCAAUCGGAAAAACAGGACCGUAUCAGCCAGCUUCAAAACCGAUGCUGUCUAUGAGCUACUCGAACACAACUUCAAGACUGUCUGCUCCCUGACCGGCCAGGAUGUACCCAUGGACUUUGACGUAAAAGCCAAGAUCGAUGAGGUGCUCGAAUCAUCCGGCCUUGCCAAGGAACGAACUUCCAAGCUGGAUCAAGAUGACUUUUUGAAGCUACUCAGUUGCUUUAUCGAUGCCGGGUUCCGCUUCACGGCCAACUAGUGGACAAUUCUUGCACAGUGCUGUCGAUCGUUCCGCACUCUAGAUGUCGUUGUGCCACAAUGCCACAAUACAACACGAAAAGGUCUUUCAGAUGUCAUUACGCAACUGUUGAAAAGCACUCAUCAAGAGCCAUUCACUGAUUCAGUUUGUGGAGUCGAAGGGGUUUUCAG